CCGCAGCUAUAGUUUCAAUGACUGCACACAACUUCAGCGUCAUCAUCGUAGGCGCUGGCCCCGUCGGCCUCUCAGCAGCCCAUGCCCUUCGUCUUGCCAACAUCGACUUUCUUGUUCUUGAAAAGAGACAGAAUGUUGUCGUUGACGUAGGCGCUUCUAUAGCUGUUGGCCCUGCGAGCAUGCGGGUCAUCCAUCAACUCGGCCUAUUGGAGAGCCUUUUGGAGGUUAGCCAUAGAUCUGAACGCAAAAAGGCGCUUACUGUUGAUGGGCGCCUCGUUAAAGAUACUCUCACUGGCUCCACGUCGAUAGCAUUCAAUCGCGUUGAUUACUUGCGACUUUUGUAUCAAAGGCUUGGCAGCGACCAGGCCAAGGUGCUGACAGGAAAGGAAAUUGUCGACAUCUCAAGUACCGACUCUGGCGUUACGGUAAAGUGUGCCGAUGGCACUCUUUAUAAAGGGUCGAUUGUGAUUGGCGCAGAUGGCGUCCAUAGCAAAGUGCGCGGCAUAAUGCGCCAGAUGGCUAUUGAAGAACAUCCAAAGAGGAGCUGGGACGCAGAAGAGCCUUACUUGACAACGUACAAGUGCCUCUGGUUUUCCACGCCGUCACUGGUCAGCCAGCAGAAUCUCCCUGGAAGCCCAGAUAUGGCGGUUUAUGAAACGUACCACAAGGACCACUCCAUCAUGUGCUUAAGCGGAAAGCUGCGCUGUUGGGUCUUUCUUUACAAAAAGUUACGGCAGCCGACGACGCAGCGCCUCGCUUGUACCAAGGAGGAUAUGCAGCAAAUGAUCAAUACGUUUGCCGAUUUCCAUAUUACUGAGCAUGUCAAGGUGAGGGAGGCUUACAAUAACAAGAUUAACUCUUCCAUGGCCUCUAUUGAAGAAGGCAUGACGAGCCAUUGGAGCUGGGGCCGCAUCGUGCUCGCUGGAGAUAGCUGCCACAAAUUCGCCCCGAAUUUGGGCCUUGGCUAUCAGAGCGGGCUACAAGAUGUAGUUGCUUUGUGCAAUCGACUGCAUUCAGCCGUUGCUCAAGCACCGGACGGCAUACCCGGCACCCUCGCCUUGAGCGAAGCGUUCCAAUCGUAUUAUGCGUUUCGACGAGAGCCUGCAGACACAGAUGCCAAGUUAUCCGCAUUUGUACUUCGGGUGUCUGUCUGGGAAAACGCUUUCUAUUAUUUCCUAUCACUAUAUAUACUUCCCUUGCUGUUGGCGGAUCAUAUCUUGCAGAAUUGGGUUUUCCCUCCGAUUGAUAGACGGAUGCUGGUUCUGGAUUAUGUAGAAGCAGAGGAACCGUUUACGGGAAGGGUGGGCUGGGUCUAUAAGAUACCAACACCUUCCAAGGCAAAGGAAGACUGA